AUGGUGGUGACGUGGAGGAAUUGGAAGAGUGGACUCGCAAGCCUUACAGGAUACAGCAUCCCUCGGUCCCUCACUCCUGGAGGCUUUGGAGAAGUAGAGAGAGCAGAACUCCAUCACUUUGCAGACGCUUCUGAAGAACAUGGAUAUGGAACAGUAUCUUACCUGCGCUUCAUUAACAGAGAAGGAAACAUACAAAAUAGUUUUGUGAUGGGCAAAUCACGGGUGAGGCCUCUAAGGAGUGGUAUCAGUGUUCCAAAGAUGGAGUUGACUGCUGCAACCUUGUUGAUUAAGAUGAACAAGCUCGUCAUGAAGGAGCUCGAAGGUCACUUUGAGAUUCACAGCGUCACCUUCUGGAGUGACUCUAUGAUCGUCUUGAGGUAUAUAUUCAAUGAAACAAGAUUUAUCAUCUUUGUUGCUGAUCAUGUUGCUGUGAUCAGGGAAGGAUCAAGGCCCUCACAAUGGCGUCACGUCAGAUCAGAGUCUAACCCCACUGAUUAUGCAUCGAAAGGAAUAAAGGCCUCCAAAACUGAGAAGUUGGAGAUGUGGAAACAUGGCCCAGGUUUCCUGUGGAAAGUCUUGCAUGAGUGGCCACAGCAACCCACUGACCUUCAUGAAGAACUCUCAGCUUACGAUGAGGAAGUCAAGAAGGAAAGGGUCACUGUUACUGCAUGUGUUGAGAAAGAUUUCUGGGAUGUUUUAUUUGAAAGAUACGCCUUGUGGGAGAAGUUAAGAAGAGCAGUGGCCUGGCUAAUCUGA